AUGUCGACACAGCCACCCUCAGGAGGCUACUCACUCUUCCCGAACCCCAAUGCGAAGCCUCCAACGAUAUGGAGACCAGCAUCUCGAACUCGGAGGUCGGAGUCCCGCGAGCGGGCCCGGGCUGUGUCUCCCGAGAGCGUCCACUCAGCUGACCGGGCGUCUCCGCCACAUCAUGGCAGACAGACGCCGCAGCAGAGAGUCCAGUCGCAGGUAGAGCGGUCGCAAACUCCACAAAGCAUUCGCCAGACUCAGGUCGGUGAGCAGGAGACCGCACCAAAUAGACGCGAGGUGCCGGCACCCCCUUCGGUAACAGUUGCACCUGUUCAACGGCCCCCUCCUGUCGCCGACAUACUACCCCGGUCAGACACGUCAUUCUCACAGGAACACACCCUGGUACAAAGCAACAGCACGCGCUCUCGGAGCUCGAUAGCAAAGCUUCCAUUCCCAGAAGGACCGUCAUCAUCCUCGCAAGAACAGCCUGCCUUGCGUUCCAUAUUCCCACGCUACAAUCCGGAAGUGCCGCUCAACCAGCAAGAUUACUUCCCUACCCAAACCAGCCCGACUCACAUCCCGCGAGCCGUGAUCAACCGCACAACAUGGUAUCCGGACCCCGAGGGUGACGGCCAAAACAACCAGCACAGAAGUCCCGUAAGGAGUCCACUGAGCGGCGGUUCAACGCAGCGAUGGCCGAGACGGAACAUUGAGCCCCCAGUCAUUCCCAGCGUCUCGGCAAACGAGCACAUGAAGAGCUUAUGGAAGGUCUCCAACGGCUGGAAGGCACCGCCAUCAGAAGGCAGAGUGUAUUGCAUGAAGCUCUCCCAGGAGAAGGAUGCGCCCAUCUAUACCCUGUCUUCGUCAUCCCAGCCAUUCUACAGCCUCCGACUCGAUCCCACCUCCGCCUCAGCAUACGUCACACUCAGCCGCCAUGACCCCGCCAAGGUCUACAAGGUUCCUAAUCCCACGGCAAGCUCUUCGGCGAGCAGCAUUCUUUCCGGCGUCGUUGGUCACAAAGACAACGGCAAGGCCGCCGAUGGGAAGCACUGGCAGGAAGUCCUCACGACGACGCUUGAAGAGGAGUCCCGCAAGCACCCGCCCAAUGAUGGCCUCGUAGCCCUCCUCUACCCUCUUGCAGCCGCCAAGAUGGCACUCGACAAGCCGGACGACAUGAACGCCAUCAUGACCGCCGAGACAGAGUGCGCCCGUCUCGUCUGGGACGAGGACUCGGGCUCGCACUUCCUCGUGCACCCGGCCCUUGCGACGCCCUUUUGCGUCACAAUCGAACGCUCCCCAGCCUGGAGCCGCGUGGAGUACACCCUUGAGCACCACGAGUCGCCGCAGCAUCUCGCUAAACUGACACGUGACGGCACUGGCAGUGGCCACCUCGAGGUUGACACGGCCAUUGCUGCCAAGAUUGACAGCUUCUUCCUUGUCGACGUCGCCGUCACGGCGCUCUUGCUCGUCGCGGUGGCAGACGAGAAGAACACCAGGAUCGAGACAUUUGAGCCGCCGCCUGCGCCUCACGAGCCGGCGAGCGGGGAGCGACGGCUGAGCAGGAGAGAAGAGAAGAAGCGGGCCGCCGCCGCCGCACGGAGGGGCAAGAUGGAGGAGUUUGAGAUUGACAUUGAGAGCCAGGACAGCAGCUUUGCAAAGCUGGAGCAGGCCGGCAAGGAGGCACGCGACGGGUUGCCGUGGCCACUAAGAGCGCUUUUUAAAGUCGUUGCAGGGCUGUUCAAAUGUCUCGUGUGGUUCCUGACGCUGGGCUUCAAGGCGCUUGCUGCAAUUGUCAAGGGGCUGGCAAGGUGUUUGGGUGUCAAAUCGGAAUGA